UCUGGAUUCGUCUCCGCCCGCUCCCGUCGGCCGCGGCCGGGAUGGACCUGGGGCCGCUGCGGAAGAGCUACCGGGGGGACGCCGAGGCCUUCGAGGAGCAGCACUUGUCCUCCCACGACCCCAUCCAGCAGUUUGGAGUCUGGUUCGAGGAAGCCGUGGGCUGCCCAGAGGUGGGGGAGGCGAAUGCCAUGUGCUUGGCCACCUGCACCAGGGACGGGAAGCCCUCGGCCCGUAUGGUGCUGCUGAAGGGCUUCGGGCAGGAUGGCUUCCGCUUCUUCACCAACCACGAGAGCCGUAAGGGGAAGGAGCUGGACACCAACCCCUUCGCUUCACUCGUGUUUUACUGGGAGCCUCUCAACCGGCAGGUUCGGAUUGAGGGCUCGGUGAAGCGGCUGCCAGAGAAGGACUCGGAGCUGUACUUCCACUCCCGCCCCAAGAGCAGCCAGAUCGGGGCUGUGGUCAGCCAGCAAAGCACCAUCAUUCCGGACAGGGAGUACUUACGGAAGAAGAACGCGGAGCUGGAGGAGCGCUACCGGGAGACAACGGUGCCGAAGCCAAAGUACUGGGGGGGUUACAUCCUGCAACCAGAGGUCGUGGAGUUCUGGCAGGGCCAAAGCAACCGCCUGCACGACCGCAUCGUCUUCCGGCGCCAGCGGGACGGCUCAGCCGCCCUGGGAGAGAUGACGCACCGGGGAGAGGGCGAAUGGGUCUUUGAGCGCUUGGCCCCAUGAGGCUGACGGCAUCUCCGGCCGUGUUGGCCGCAUCGGGAGCAUCACCUCUGCCAAACCCUGUCAUGCCCCAGGGAACAGGCCUGGCCUUGCUCUGCCCUCCCCCAGAUGCAUGCUGACCUCACAGGGGUGCUGGGGGGCCUCUGGUUCAGCCCCAGUGGCCCUCUUCCUCCUUUGCUUCUCCCUGGCAUGGGCAGGUCCCAGAGACCCUUUGCUUCCCAUCACCAGCCCAUGGGGAGCCACUGCUCCUGGUGCUGCUGGCAGUUAAUUAAUCAUGGAGGGAUCAAGAAAGACCCCAAUGAACCCCCUGCCCCCAUCCUGCCACUUCUGCCACCACUUGUGUCUUGUGUUUGAGCCAGAACCAUGCAACGUGCCCCCUCUGUGCAGUAAUUUAUUGAAUCGUGUCACUAGUCUGUGCAAACCCAUUUUUAAUUGCAGGUUGAACCGUGUCACCGGUGUUGGUUGUUGGCUGCACGUGUUGCCACAGGCACACCCCAUCUCCCUCCCGGGCCGUGGGACCC